AUUAAGUUCACAUCGGUGUUCACUUCCGCGAAGAUGAAGGCGAUGUUCGAAACCGUACUGAAUUGCACCGAGGGACUGAAGAGCGCCCUGGAGGAAAGUGCGGAGCAAAUGAGCGACGUUGACAUCUUGGAAGUGUCGGCGCGCUACACCACGGAUAGCAUUGGAUCCUGCGCUUUUGGCAUCGAAUGCAACAGCUUCAAACACCCCGACCCCGAAUUUCGCCGGAUGGGUCGCAAGGUGCUCGAUGAAUUCAAUCUCAUGGAUAGACUGAACCUCUUCAUGUCCAUCUACGCCCCGAAAAUAUCUCAAAAGAUCGGCGUCAAGAUCGUACAAAGGGAAGUAUCCAAAUUUUUCCUGAGAACCGUCAGCGAUACUGUCAGCCACAGAGAAAAGAACAACGUUAGAAGAAACGAUCUGCUGCAGAUACUGAUAGACAUAAAGAAUUCGGAGGAGAAGUUAAGCAUGAACGAAUUGGUAGCGCAGGUGUUUUUGUUUUUUAUUGCGGGAUUCGAGACUUCUUCGAUGACGACGAGCAUGACCUUAUUUGAGCUCAGCAAUAAUCAGAAGUUACAGGAGAAACUCCGCCGAGAGAUACUUGAAGUGUUGAAGAAGCACGACAACAAAAUCACCUACGACGCCGUAACUGAAAUGAAGUAUCUCGGACAAGCCAUUGACG